UGCGAUGAGGAGUCAGUGUAGAUGAAGGGAUCAGACAGAGGGAGAGAGAGAAAGCAGAGUGGGAGGGAAGUACAACUCACCAGCAGACGCUCACUAAGGAGGAGGCAGAGCACCUUUGGCAUCAGUGAGGAACCAGGCACAGACCAGCGGAGGAGUCUGAGGGGGAUUUUGUUCAGACGAGGAGACCCUCCUCUGAGAAGAUGAAAGAGCAAAUCACCAACGCCAUCUCCGACUUCUUCUUUGAGUACGAGACCCCACGGCAGGUGCUGGUGCGCAACAGAAGGGUGGGGGUCGUGUGCCGCCUGAUCCAGCUUGGAGUCCUGGCUUAUAUCAUUGGGUGGGUGUUCAUCUACGAGAAAGGGUAUCAAUCCACGGACACGGCCGUCAGCUCGGUCUUCACCAAGAUGAAAGGGGUGGGCUACACCAACGUGAACGGCGCCGAGAGAGUCUGGGACGUGGCCGACUAUGUUUUCCCACCGCAGGGAGACUCAUCUUUUGUGGUGAUGACCAACUACAUCAUGACUGAGGGCCAGCAGAUGGGAAAGUGUCCAGAGCUUCCUGGCAAACACAACUGCAGCACAGACUCAGACUGUGAAGGAGGGAGUUACAAACGUACGGGACAUGGGGAGAUGACUGGAGUGUGUGUGAACGCCACGAAGACCUGCGAGGUCCUGGCCUGGUGCCCCGUCGAGAACGACCACGUUAUUCCAGACCCACCUCUGUUGCUGUCAGCGGAGAACUACACACUGUUCAUCAAAAACUCCGUCACGUUUCCCUUAUUUGGAGUUACAAGGAGCAACCUGGUGGAAGGAGUUGAUGCGGAAUACAUCAGAGAAUGUCUUCAUCAUUCCCAGAAGGAUCCGCUGUGUCCAAUAUUCAGACUGGGCGACAUUGUCAAAGAGUCCGGCUUCAACUUUGAGCUGAUCGCCAAAGUGGGAGGAGCCAUCGGCAUUGUGAUUGAGUGGACUUGCAAUUUCGAUGUGGAUGUAAAACACUGUAAACCACAGUAUCACUUCCAUGGUCUGUAUGGGAACCCGGCAGAGACAGACAAGGCCAGAGCGUCAGUCGGGUACAACUUCAGGUAUGCAAAGCAUUAUAUGGAAGACAAGGUGCAGAAAAGAACUCUACUCAAAGUGUUUGGAAUAAGGUUCGAUAUCAUCGUUCAGUCGCUGGCGAGAAAAUUCGACAUCAUCCCAACGUUAACCGCUAUUGGUUCGGGAGUGGGAAUCUUCGGAGUGGCGACUGUCGUCUGUGACCUCGUGUUGCUUUAUUUACUGCCGAAAAGGAAAUUUUACAAGAACAUGAAAUUCAAAUAUACAGAGUCACAUGUGCAGGACCCAGAAUCAGAAGCAGGCAGCACAGAGACAGAGAUAACAAAAGUCAGGGAUUCAUAGGCUACCGUGGUGUAUAUACAUGUUUAAGAGAGUGGAGGGUGACUCAAGCUGACCGCACACAUCCCUGAAAAGUCCUCAGGAAACUCCAACCUCCUGUUGUUGCCGGCUAUUUCCCAGCAGUGUCUUCCAUCAGCACCACUCUGGCAGGAAGCCUCGGUUUCCUCGGUAGCUACGCGUGGGGUUGGCGAACCGUUGGGUUUGCUUUAGGUGUAACUGCUGUUUUCACGCCAGAGAACACACCUCCUUGCACUUCCAUCUACACACUGUCCUUCAAUGAUCCGUCUGAACAUCAUGUGGACGUUCCACUGUCAAGUGUUGUGAUCCGCAUCCAAUAAACCUUUGUCUCACACUGGAGUCAAGCAGGGGCCAAAACAAUAAUUCAGAGCGUCUUUUAUUCAUUCUAGAAGGUACAAAAACAUGCAAAAAUAGCUUAUAUAUGUAUAUGAUAUCGGUACAUAUUUACAUGGUAAUGACUGCAUUCCUUUAAGAUGUGCCAUGCUUCUGUUCAUGUACGUGCAAAAUAUAAUCAGAGAAAUAUACACAACACCAGACGG